CUAACGCACGUCAACUAGGACAGAGGACAACUUUACUAACACACGUCAACUAGGACAGAGGACAACUUUACUAACACACGUCAACUAGGACAGAGGACAACUUUACUAACGUACGUCAACUAGGACAGAGGACAACUUUACUAACACACAUCAACUAGGACAGAGGACAACUUUAUUAACGUACGUCAACUAGGACAGAGGACAACUUUAUCAAAUACUAAAACUAGGAGAGAUGUCAGAGAAAACUUUACCAAACUGAUCACAACUUAAAAAGGAGUGUCUCGUUUAAAGCCUCAAUGAAAUGGAGAACAUUGCUCCAAAAGAAACCACAACUAGAAUAAGUGCCUGGAUAUCUUUACUAAACAUCUGUCAACCAAGAGAAGAACACCUUUUAUUCCCAAAACAUUAGAGCUACAGGAAGAAUUUACCUUUAGAAUAUCAACCACACCUAAAAGAAGUGAAACACCGAUCCUAAACAGGAGAGAAGCAGGCUCCAUCUCUACCAGGCACCUGUAAAGAUUUACCUAAACCAAUCACAAAUCAUCUUUACACGAAAACCCACUGUUUCGAGGCGAGCCUACAUAGAAGAGAGAAGACUGCCUUUCAAAAAUCAGCUUAGAAGCCAAACACUGAGAGCAGCCUACACCGUGAGUAAGUCAGCUUAACCAAGCACAUAAAUCGUUCACAAGUCUCAAAUCAUCUUUACCUGGAAAACCACAUUGGUGAAAGGACUGGACACUUUAGAGAAGAGGCUUGUGUCCAUGUGUUGGUUCCGUGUGGUGUGGAUGCUGAGAGCUAAGACAAGGAUGAGUGUGAAGAGGGCAUCGAUGGCAGGCGGGUCCUUGAGGUGCCAUCCAGCUUAUAUGUAAACAAAGCGCCAUACUCAUGCUACGACCAGCCUGGCACAGAGGGGGGUGGGCACUGGGGAGUACCACUCUCUCUCCUUUAUUCCUACUGCUCCUCUCCAGUCUGCAGGUAAGAUGGUCAGCUGCGCGCACACACACACACACACAUUAAUAUUAAGAUCACUUUAUUUGUCAGUUGUGCACAAGGUCCAACCAAAAUGUGACAUCUGGUUUAUCCCAAUCCCCAAAAAAGACACACAAACAGGUUAAGUGACUUGCUCAAUGUACAAUGGCAGGCAAUGGCAUCUAGGAUUUGAUAACAGCAACCCUCCGGUUGCCAGCUCACUUCCCACCAGAUUUUUUCCGGUCAGACCCAGGACUCAAACUGGCGACUCUCCGGUUGCUGGCUCGCCUCUCUAACCACUUGGCUACCUGCCGCCCAUAUAUAUACACACACACACACACACACACACACAAACGCAGGACACACACAUGUGCAUGUAUUAAUCUGAAUACAAUUUCUACAGAAUAUUGAUUGUAAACCAGUUUUGGAGCCAUUUUAUAUUUAACAACUUUUCUUACUUGUUUUCUCUGUCAGCACAGGAGGGUCAGUAAAAAAUAAAAACGUAAUUGAGCAUUUAUUUGAACAUAUAUAGUACCUAAAAUCCAUAUAGAAUAUUAAUUAAAAUAUUAAAAAACAAAUGUUCUGUUAAAAAAGUGUACUGAAGUAAUCUCACAAAUAUUCCAACCUGACAACAGAGAAACAUAAUUUGAUUAAAUCCUUUAUCUGAUUGAGAGGAUGAAUUGCUACCGUUGAACUUUAAAACCAUAAACACUGACACAGUGAGAUGAUAAGGCCUGAAUUUAUGGUUUGAAAUCUGUUUUUUUAACAGAUAUGCGACUGGGAUAUGCAAGAACUUUGGAGUUGCUUAGCAACGUGGCUAUAUGAUAAUGUACUGGGUUGCAUGGCAUGGCGCACAUAUAUCCAUAGAUAUCACUCCAGACAUAAAUAUUAUCACAAAAUCUGCUGGCGCACACAACAUGUACCAGAACAGCCAGAAACAGACAUACAGUAUACAGCACAUAAAAUGUACCGACAAAUUUCCAAAGUAUGAUUCUAUCUGAGUAACUCCUAAAACUCUAUGCCUUCAGUAUUACCUUGGGUACUUACUGUAAGUACAUCCCUUUACUCAAUAGUAGCUACAUAUUAUAUGAUAAACAUGAUCUCAGCAGAGAUCUCUCGGAUUUGAUUCCGAGGCCCUCAAUUAUAUCAGCACUCUCUCAAUCUGUAACUGAGUUAAGCUCAGAAUCCCUUAAGUGUCUCAGUGGAUUUUAAAACAUUUUCUCUUAAGGUAGAGGAGAGCCCCUGUACCUUCUUUUCACCCCAGAUAGUAGUGAGAGAUCUGACAGACAGACACACACACACACACUCCUCUGUGAUAACUGCUGUCCAGACAACCUGAUGACAAGAGACAGAAGGGGUCAAUUGAAGCGUUAGAAAGUCAGGGAGCUCCUAGGAUAGGACAGAUCACAGUGGAACAGGUGGUGGUGGAGGGGGAAUAGAACGGACAGGCACAGGGAGGUUACACAGUUCAGAUAGAUAUACAGUAUGUAUCCCCACUGCAGUGUGAAGGCAAGGCAGGGAAUGUUAGUCAGAGAAAGAGUACCGCACAUAGAAAUAGAAUCCAUUGGAUUAUAUUUCUAUGGUACUGCACCCCACCUGUGGAAUAACAGAUUCUAAAUGGGAAAACCUUGAUUCUCUGUUUACUUUACAAACAGAAGAGAAGUGUUGGUCUGUCACUAGAAUAAUUGAAUUUAUUACAUUUUGUCAAUGUUUUAUUUCUAAAGAACAUUGCCAAAUCAUGUGGUAAGAUAUCUUAAAGUAACUGCUCAGUUACCUUUCAAAGUUAAUAUCCAAAUAAUGUUGUUGACUCAUCCUAUACUCAUAUUUGUGGCCAAAGUAUAAAUUGGAGAAAAAACAUCUCAAAAACCCCACCUCAAACUUGUAUCUCAAACAGACCAUUUAAAAAAUGCUUGCUAUUUCCUCAUAGAAUAUAACGUAAUCUCUUGAGCUGGCCAAUCAGCGGUCUAGAAGAGGAUGAGCUGGCCAAUCAGCGGUCUACUUGCAUGAAUAUUUUUAACAACUGGUAUACACCCACACCAUUCACCAUUCUGUUGUUGGGGUAAGCUCACACCAUUGCAACACAGAAAAGCUGAUUUUUAACAUACUUCAUUAAACAAUUUUGGAAGGAAAAUAUAUAGGUAAUAUUUAAUAGAAAUCUGGAAACACUGGGCAGUAUCUUUACAUUUUGGACCAAGCAUAUGUUGUGUUUACACAGCCACCCUAAGAACCCAAAUCUGAUUUCAUUUAUAUUUCAGAAUAUUUUUCUUGACUGUCCACACAUAGUUUUACAUGUGACCCAUAUCAGAUUUGCGCAUUCACACUGAUGUAGCCUCUGAAGUAGCAAACAGAUGUAAUGCUCAUUUCCCAUCACUGUUACUGUACAUUUUGGGGUGGUUGUCAUGGUAAUGUCAGGUCGUGUGCAAUAAUGAUGAAUUCAUAACCAAGUGGGAAGGUGGUAUUUACCACAUACGACUGGGAAAAAUCCACUUGAACGCCCCUCCUCGUAAUUAUUAGUUGGAAACUCGUCUAUCAUCCCUGAGCUCCGACUUUUCCCACAUGCUGACCUCUGACAUCACCUACUAAGGAAAUUACCUUCGAUAAGCAUUUUUGGCAGGAUUUUCGGAAGUUAAAUGUAAAAACAAAACAUGGUUUAUAAAAAUAUAUUAAUAAGUUUUUUGAACACUAUAAUUUAUUUACAAUCAUGAUGGCUGUACUUACAGCUUGUUGGCCAUUAGCCAAUCAACGUUUCUCAAUGAGUUCAAAGCACGUGAAUGCAUCCAACUGGUAUUUACGAAUUCACAACUGGUAAUGACCACCUUCCCACUUGGUUAUGAACUCAGCAUCAAACCACUUAAGAGCAAAAAAAUCUGAUUUGAGCGUCCAGACAGAGGUCACAUAUGGAGGAUUGGGUUUGUAUCAGGAUUCAGAUUACACAGGCAGCCUAAUUCUGAUCUUUUGCCCAAUCAUUUACAAAAUAUCUAAUCUGAUUGGUCAAAAUACCAAUAAUUGGGUAAAAGAUCAGAAUUGGGCUGCUGUGUAAACGCAGCCAUAUGGAGGUGGUAUGAAUCAAAAGUCAAAAGAUCAGAUUCCAUGUAGUUUUUUUGAAUGUUUACACAUUAGGGAAAGAUCAGAUAGAUAUCAGACAUGCAAAUAAUUGUCCAAAGAUCAGAAUUGGGCUGCCUGUGUAAGCGCAGCCUAACUGAGUUACUGGUGGUUAAAUCUCCCAUUUUGAUUUCUCUCCUCAGAGUAAAUGAAACAGGUGCAUUUACUUCUAUUAGUUUAGAUCACAUGACAUUAGGGUCUCGAUUCAAUCUGUAUCGCCGAAGUUCAGCGCUAUAGCGCAAUUUAAAAUUAAAGACAAUGUUCCUGCAUCUGCGGAGACUGCAUUCACGGUUAACCUUGCAUAUGUCGGCUCAAUCGGAAAUUACCUUUACAUUUAAAUCGCACUACAGCGCUGAACUUCAGCAAUACGGAUUGAAUUGAGCCCUAGGCUUGUGAAAUUGCCUACACAGACUCCUAACAACGACGAUUGAGGUUUUGUAGUUAGAUACCUCAGCAGGAAUUCUACUCAAAUACUGCCAUCUUGUGGACUCUCACUAAAACCACAUCCCCCUCAGUCUUCCUGGCACGUUGUUGGGGGUGGUUAAAAUGUAUAGUUUAUCAUAAAAUAUUCCUCUCUUUUUAACUGUCUUAUUUGACAUGAAAGGUGGUGGGCUCUGUGAUUGAUUUUAUUUUAUUAGGUUCCCCCAUUAGCUGACGCCAUGAAGAUGACGCUUGAAGAGUUGAUCUGCAAACGGAAUGCAUAUAGGGAGAACUGCACCAGGAUUUUAGCAGAAAGCAUCUUCUCAGAAACUGGUGAUCAGUUUAUUUUUGGCCCUGGCCAGUUCCAUGUAUCAAUGUAGUAUGUUUCUGAUACAAUGUGUAUUGUAAUUUAAUUGCGGCCAGACUGUCAGUGCAGCAAUUGAUCUAUAUGGAAAUUCAUUUUGAGUUAAGCAAUAGCACAUUAUUAUUCAUGUACUUUUCUGUUUGUCUCUUACUCUUUACUUGUUUGUCCUUUCAGGAAUCUAUUGUAAUGGGACGUUUGACGUGUUUGUGUGUUGGCCCCACUCAGCCCCCGGUAACGUGUCAGUGCCCUGUCCUUCCUACCUUCCCUGGAUUACAAAGGGUGAGUCUGGAGGCUUCAUAUCACAUUUAUCCAUACAUUCCAUAUCUAUAAUGUCAUGUGAUUGCACAACACAACAUCAUAACAUUUCAUAUAGUACCCCACAGAAGUAGAAGCAUAGUUAAACGUGCCUUCCAACAUGGUUGGAACGUGAGCACAUCUCUCAUUAACCAAUCUAUUGAUUCCUCUUGUCUUCCUGACCCAGAUGACUCCAGGAGUGUGUACAGGGAGUGUCUAUCCAAUGGGUGUUGGCGACUCCAGGAGAAUUCUACGGAAGCCUGGCGGGACAAGACAGAAUGUGAUGAACCAUACUACUUUAAAGCCGAGGUGAGGAAAAGGCUGUGAAAGGAAACAGAGGAGACUUGCCUUGCAUUUAGAAAAGGCCUUGCAACUGAAAUGUCAACAAUAAAUCAUAUUCCAGUUAAAAAGCAGAAUGUCCCAUUUGUAUUUUAUUAGGGAUCCCCGUUAGCAGCUACUCUUCCUGGGGUCCAAACACAUUAAGACACUUAUAUUACACAUAAAAGACAAGAUAAAACAGUACAUCAUGUAACAUUGUCACACCACCACAUAUCCAUGACCACUAUACAACAAAAUUACAAUGUACGUGUGCGUAGAGUGCGUGUGCCAGUGCCCGUGUGCAUAUGCGUGUGUCUGUACAUGUGUGUGUGUCUCUCCACAGUCCCCGCUGUUCCAUAAGGUGUAUUUGUAUCCAGGGACGGCCUGUUCAAUAGGGCGAUAUGGGCGACGCACUGCCAAACGGGAAAAGGAAGGGAUUUUUUUCUAAUCAAUUAUAUCACGGCAACAGCAGUUAUCAGUGUUCACGUCUGAUCUGCCAGCCACUAAAUGUCAAAUCAGGCUAAAGUCGUGCUUCAAAUGGCCCCGCCCGUUUUUGGGGCGAUUUCAGUCAAGUUGAAAAUCGCCCAGAAGUCUCUCAUAGCCUGUCAUGUAAAAUCAAUUUUUUUCAAAUUUCAAAGCUUUCAAUACAUUCUCUAUGGGUGUCUGUGGGCUUGCACUUACGCGCUUUCGUCAUACGUGACGUAACCAUGAACGUAACUGAGAAAAGAGUGGAUUGUUUGAAAGAAGUUCCUUUUUGUCGGCGAACAAAUGAAGAUAAAUUGGCAACGAAACAAUUAGGACCUCCCAGACCAAAUUUAAUAAUUCAACAGGUUUCUACUAAAGGCGGAAAGUCCUACACCCGAGGAUUUUCCAAAAAUUGGUACGAACGAAAAAAGACAUUGCCACUCACUCAACUGGAUGACGAGGGAUACAGGCUAGCUGUCCGCCGCCACAACGAUGAGGUUAGUGUUGAUAAUCACAAGUUUACUGGAGAACCAACUGAGACCAAGUAGAGACUUUGGACAGGGUGGAUAUGGUGUAAUAAAGGCAGUUUAUUCAGAGGUAAAUAUAUCUGGAAUCGCGUUCACGGACCCGUUCGUCAAACUCUUAGGGAGCUAUAAAUUAAGCCCCAUUACUUACCAUAUCAGAUAAGAGAAAUUGCUGCAGCUACAUAUAUUUUACAUCCUGGCCCUACAUAGUUCACUAUUUGCAUCACUUACCAAAAUAUUACAUGUGGUCAUAUAUGCUUGGAAAGUGGAGAUGCCAUAGAACGUCAAAAAAGUAAACAUUGCUGGAGACACAUUGCCGUUUUGGAGAAGACAUCGCGUUUGCUAGCGAAGAGAUUUGUUGUGGCAAAUGAACUUGGGCUGGGAAUUGCCAGGAACCUCACGAUAAGAUAUAUGCAUCAGCAUUGCGAGUCUCAUGAUUCUAUACGUAUUGCGAUUCGAUACUGUGAUUUUAUUGCGCACCAUAUGUCUGUUGCAGAGGGAUCAGAAAGCCAUGAGAACGAGUUUUGAUCAGUCAUGGAAAUAAAAGUGCUGAAAACAAAUUGGCUCCCAAUGUGAAAAGAUUGAGAACAAGCUAUGAAGGAACAAUAAUGGUGUUUUGGUGCAGGUACAGCCAACUAGCGCUAAAAUAUUGCGAUAUUGUCAAUACAGUAUAUCGUAAAGUAUCACUAUGUAACUCGAUUUCUUUCACCCCAAUCCCUCAAAUUAACGGUAAAUAACUGAAUUGUUUGCCCCACAUUUAGCUAAGAUGAUUAGCUAGCCAGCUAAAAUGUUUUAUUUAGUUAGCAGUCGCAUCUACAAUAGUUUACUGUCAAUAACAUGUCUCCAAAAAUGACGUGGUGUCUCCAAUUGUGUUGACAUUUUACAAUUGCAAUGCGCAUCCAUGAGUAUCCACUUUCUGUAGCUCAGCUGGUAGAGCAUGGUGCUUGUAACGCCAAGGUAGUGGGUUCGAUCCCCGGGACCACCCAUACACAAAAAUGUAUGCACGCAUGACUGUAAGUCGCUUUGGAUAAAAGCGUCUGCUAAAUGGCAUAUUAUUAUUAUUAUUAUUAUUAUUAUCUGAAGAGAGCCCCGAAACAUUGUGUGCAGACAUUUUAUGCAAUAAAUGAAGUAGGUUCAAUCUAGUAGUUCUGAUCUUCUGAUUGGUCCUGAUGAGUUGGGCGAGGUCACCUCCAGGCUACUGUCACUGUUGCAUUGGCUCUGAGUCGGGUUCUCUGUCUUCAAAUGUUCAGCCUAAGAGAGGGGAUUUUUGUGUGUGUGUGUGUGUGUUUAACAGUGAUGAUGUGUGUGUGUGUGUGUUUAACAGUGAUGAUGUGUGUGUGUGUGUGUGUUUGUGUGUGUGUGUGUCCUCAGAGCAAGAACUCGUGAGUUGGAAGAACUGAGAGGCCUAUGGCGUGGGUGUUGUCCUUGGCCACCUGCUGACAAGGCUGACAAGAUAGGACCCUUUUGUCCAUUGUUAUUGGAUAGGAACAGAACUUAUAACCAGCUCCUGACCUAAAUAGAUCUUAGCACAACAUUUUACUCAACAUAUCAUAUUCCAUAUUCACUAUAACAAAUAUAUUUACUACGACAUUAGCAAGAACCGCCACAUCCUCAGCCGGCUAAUCCAGUGUGUGAAGUUUUGCGGAGUGUUUGAGUUAGCUUUGCGAGGCAAAGAUGAAACUGAGGGCUCCACCAACCCUGGUAAGCCAACACUUUUGAGAUCAGUCAAUAAAUGCUUCUGGUAUUGACUUAUAUGCUGCCCCUGUCUUCAUGUUGUUGCUGGACAUAUCUUUUUUUAAAUGUGUGUAGGUCACCUAAAUCAUCAGAAAAAUUGCCCCUCCUGAGAAUUUUUUCAGGAGCCGCCACUGUUUGUAUCUUUAAAAAAAAAAUCUGAUUCUACUGCUUACAUCAGUUACCUGAUGUGGAAUAGAGUUCCAUGUAGUCAUGGCUCUAUGUAGUACUGUGUGCCUCCCAUAGUCUGUUCUGGACUUGGGGAUUGUGAAGAGUCAUCUGGUGGCAUGUCUUGUGGGGUAUGCAUGGGUGUCCGAGCUGUGUGCUAGUAGUUUAAACAGACAGUUCGGUGCAUUCAGCUUGUCAACACCUCUUACAAAAACAAGUACUGAUGAAGUCAAUUUCUCCUCCACUUUGAGCCAUGAGAGAUUUACAUGCAUAUCAUUAAUGUUAGCUCUCUGUGUACAUUUAAGGGUCAGCCACGCUGCCCUGUUCUGAGCCAAUUACAAGUCCCUCUUUGUGGCACCUGACCACACGGCUGAACAGUAGUCCAGGUGUGACAAAACUAGGGCCGGUAGGACCUGCCUUGUUGACAGUUGACCUGCCUUGUUGAAGGUAGAGCAGCGCUUUAUUUAUUUAUUUAUUUACAGACUUCUCCCCAUCUUAGCUACUGUUGUAUCAACAUAUUUUGACCAUGACGGUUUAUAAUACAGGGUUACUCCAAGCAAUUUAGUCACAUCAACUUGCUCAAUUUCCACAUUAUUCAUUACAAGAUUUAGUUGAGGUUUAUAGUUUAGUGAAUGAUUUGUCCCAAAUACAAUGCUUUUAGUUUUUGAAAUAUUUAGGACUAACUUAUUCCUUGCCACCCAUUCUGAAACUAACUGCAGCUCUUUGUUAAGUGCUGCAGUCAUUUCAGUCGCUGUAGUAGUUGACGUGUAUAGUGUUGAGUCAUCCGCAUACAUAGACACACUGGCUUUACUCAAAUCCAGUGGCAUGUCGUUAGUAAAGAUUGAAAAAAGUAAGGGGCCUAUACAGCUGCCCUGGGGAAUUCCUGAUUCUACCUGGAUUAUGUUGGAGAGGGAGGCUUCCAUCAAAGAACACCAUCUGUGUUCUGUUAGACAGGUAACUCUUUAUCCACACUACAUCAGGGGGUGUAAAGCCAUAACACAUACGUUUUUCCAGCAGCAGACUAUGAUCAAUAAUGUCAAAAGCCGCACUGAAGUUUAACAAAACAGCCCCCACAAUCUUUUUAUCAUCUAUUUCUCUCAGACAAUCAUCAGUCAUUUGUGUAAGUGCUGUGCUUGUUGAAUGUCCUUCCCUAUAAGCGUGCUGAAAGUCUGUUGUCAAUUUGUUUACAGCAAAAUAUAAUUGUAUCUGGCCAAACACCAUUUUUUCCCAAAAGUUUACUCAGGGUUGGUAACAGGCUGAUUGGUCGGCUAUUUGAGCCAGUAAUGGGGCUUUACAAUUCUUGGGUAGCGGAAUUACUUUUGCUUCCCUCCAGGCCUGAGGGCCUACACUUUCUAGUAGACUUAGAUUGAAGAUAUGGCAAAUAGGAGUGGCAAUAUCGUCCGCUAUUAUCCUCAGUAAUUUUCCAUCCAAGUUGUCAGACCCCGGUGGCUUGUCAUUGUUGAUAGACAACAAUCAUUUUUUCACUUCUUCCACACUCACUUUAAGGAAUUCAAAAUUACAAUGCUUGUCGUUCAUAAUUUGAUCAGUUAUACUUGGAUGUGUAGUGUCAGUGUUUGUUGGUGGCAUGUCAUGCCUAAGUUUGCUAAUUUUGCCAGUGAAAAAAUCACUUAAGUAGUUGGCUUUUUCAUCACAAAACCCACUGAUAUUGCCAUCUGAUUCAAUGAAUGAUGGAGCUGAGUUUGCCUUUUUGCCCAUAAUUUCAUUUAAGGUGCUCCAAAGCUUUUUACUAUAAUUCUUUAUGCCAUUUAUCUUUGUUUAAUAGUGUAGUUUAUUCUUCUUUCUAUUCACUUUAGUCACAUGAUUUCUCAAUUUGCAGUACAUUUGCCAAUCGGUUGUGCAGCCAGACUUAUUUGCCAUUAUAUUUGCCUCAUCCCUCUCAACCAUACAAUUUUUCAAUUUCUCAUCAAUCUGCAGGGAUUUAACCGUUUUUACAGUCAUUUUCUUAAUGGGUGCAUAUUUAUUAGUAGCUGGGAUAAGCAAUUUCAUAAAUGUGUCAAGUGCAGCGUCUGGUUGCUCCUCAUUACACACAACAGACCAACAAAUAUUAUUUACAUCAAUAACAAAGGAAUCACUACAAAACUUAUGGUAUGACCUCUUAUACACUAUAUUAGGCCCAGCCUUUGGAACUUCGGUUUUCCUAGAUAUGGCUACUAUAUUGUGAUCACUACAUCCUAUGGAUUUGGAUACUGCUUUAAAGUAAAUUUCUGCAGCAUUAGUAAAGAUGUCAUCAAUACAUUUCAUUCCUGUGCUGUUUGUAACUACCCUGGUAGGUUGACUGAUAACCUGAACCAGGUUGCAGGCACUAGUUACAGUUUGAAGCUUUCUCUUGAGUGGGCAGCCUGAUGAAAGACAGUUAAUAUUUAAAUCACCCAGAAAAUAUACCUCUCUGUUGAUAUCACAUACAUUAGCAUUUGGUGGUCUAUAGCAGCUUCCCACCAGAAUGGGCGGGAAGCUGCUAUAGACAGAUAAACCUGUAGCCAUACUAGGUGAGGCAGAUGAACCUGUAGCCAUAUUACCUCAACAGUAUUUAACAUGAGAUCCUCUCUAAGCUUUACAAUAAUGUGGUUCUGAAUAUAAACGUCAACACCUCCAACUUUGGCAUUUCUGUCUUUUCUGCAGAUGUUAUAACCAUGUAUUGUUACCACUUUAUCAUCAAAGGUAUUAUCUAAGUGAGUUUCAGAGAUUGAGGUCAAUUGCCUCUUUUUCACCUUUUAUUUUCCUUGUCUGUGUCUUCCAGGAGGAUGAGUUGUUUCGCCAAGCAGCCCUGAGAGUCAUCUCCAUCGUCGGCUACUCUCUGUCCCUCUCCUCCCUUUCUCUGGCCACUCUACUCAUGGGCAUUCUCAGGUUAGUGUCAAGUUGCUAGAGCUCAGGGAUCCGGGGGUUAAGCACAUGUUGAUGAUGAUUAUGAUUAAUUCUACUAUCGUAGGGCGAUGACACAAUUGCAAAGCAAUGACAUACUCCUUAGUCAUGGCAUCGAUUCAAACCCACUGGUCAGUGUUCAAUGUCAUUCAUUGAUAAUCAAAUAUAAAACAGAUACCAGGGGAGGCAGGAUGACAAGAUUACAGAUGAUGCUAUUGAUCACUAUAAACUACAUUGGAUUGCCCAUGUACUGAGCAUUCAUCUUCGUAACAUAAUCACAAAAUCAAUUUCCACACUAAAUAGUCAGUGGUGGGUUUGAGUCAAUGCCAACCUCUGUCUCUUCUAGGAAGCUCCACUGUACGAGGAACUACAUCCACAUGAAUCUGUUUGUGUCGUUCAUGUUGAGAGCCAUUGCAGUCUUCAUAAAGGAGAUCGUGUUACAUGUCAUGUACACCAAACUACCCAGCGACGACCCAGGGUGGAACUCAUACUCCAACUCAGUGGUACUCAUGUCCUGUAGAGUUAGUUAAGAAAAUCAUUAAAAACAUUGCAUUUUCGUCCAUGCUGACCUUCAGAAUACUUAUUUCUUAUGAUAUAAGAAAUCCUGGCACCCAGAACCAAAUCUCAGGUGUGCUCUUACGUUAACGUCUGUCACAAGAAACUAUGAUGUAAGAUACAUUUAUUCAACAAGAAUAAUAAGGCACUGUAAUUAUCAUAUUUCAUCUAAUCUUUCCUCUUCCUGUAGAUAAUGGUGGUAUGUAAGGCUUCCCGGGUGUUCAUGGAGUAUUUUGUAGCCUGUAACUACUUCUGGCUCCUGGUGGAAGCCAUCUUCCUCCAGACCCUCCUCUUCACCGCCGUCCUCACCAAGAGACGGCUGCUCAAGCGAUACAUGCUCAUUGGCUGGGGUAAGGUUCUAAUGUUUAUAAGAUACAUGCUGAUUGGGUGAGGUAAUGCGCUAAUGUUUAAAAGACACAUUCUGAUUGGUUGGGGUAAGGCUCUAAUGUUUGAAAGGCACAUGUUCAUUGGCUAGGGUAAGGCUCUAAUGAAGAUAGAUUGACAAUUUAUGGCAACAAAAUACUUUUUCUUCUUCCUAAAGGUACUCCAUUUGUGUUUGUGGUGCCAUGGACAGUAACCAAAGCUUUAUAUGAAAAUAAAGGGUAAGUAUUUUGGGAGCAUUUCCACCACUCAUUUCAAGACUUCUGAUCAUAUUUCUGUCUGUUCGCAUAAAGUAAUCAAUCAGUACUGAUCUGUGUAAAUACCCAAUAGUCUAUGAUACAAGCUGAUGCUGUAGGCCCAAAUCUUGUUUGAAUCUCUCCUGUCCUAAGGUGCUGGGCCAAUAAGAAUAGAUGGAUCUGGUGGAUAAUAAGGGGACCCAUCACUUUAUCUGUGUUGGUGAGUAGCAACCUACAAUAUAUAACCUAUAGCAACCCCCUGUAUCACCACUCAACUAAGGCUCCACUGAUAUCUAAGAACAUGAGACAAUUAUAAAUCGUCUAUCAAACCAUAUGACUCUACAGUGUACGCCAAAAUUGCACAAGACUGACACACUUGGGGCAUCAGCUCGUGAGCUUUCCAGUGAUUUCACACUGAUUUUGGGAUGUCUAAGAUCAAUAGUUGAGACCAUGUGACAUAGACAUCAGCCAGAGCAGUGGUUGUCACAAGCAUGUCAUAUAGGGUAGAAUUGUUAGAGUGCACUGAUCCCAAUAAGAUAGGGUUUCUUCUCUUAAAGACACAGUUUACUUUUUACACAACAUAAGCAUCUCUUACUGUUUAUUCAGAAAAUAAUAUAUAAUUGAUUUGUGUUGCAGGUCAUUUUCUACAUAUUCAUCAAAAUACUAAUGUUGCUGCUCUCAAAGUUAAAGGCAGAUCAAGUGAAAUUCACAGACUACAGAUACAGGUAGGCUACUGUCCCUCUAAAGGUUUACUCUGAACUGUGACAGGAGUACCCAGCACCCUCAAGCAACUAUUUUAUUUGAACCUCAGUACUGUCUGAAUGCCAAAACUCCUUUCCUUUUCUAUGUUAGCUUGGCCAGGGCUACGCUAGUCCUGAUCCCUCUACUGGGGAUCCACGAGGUAGUUUUCACUAUACUGAUAGACGAGAGUGUGGAGGGAAGCAGCCGCUAUGCCAGGAACUUCAUUAACCUCACCCUCAGCUCCUUCCAGGUAAGAGCUGAAAACAAAAUGGCCACCUUCCACAAGACCAUAACAAAGAUGUUUGAAUAUGUUUCCGUUGAUUUAUGUUCCUGUUGAGUAAAGAAAGGAAAACAUCCUGAUCCCAUUAAGAACUACAUUUAGAGGGAGAAAUUUGUCUUGAUAAUAAUGCAAUUGGAAAAUGGUCCGGUAGAGAAACGCUAAUGUUUGUUACCUUGAAUACAAUCAUUAUAUGUGUCAUACCUCUCUCUCAGGGAUUCUUGGUUUCUGUGCUGUACUGCUUCGCCAAUGGAGAGGUAACUAUCCACAAACUAGCAGUUCAAUUUACUUUAGCCUAAGUGUUAGCUUAACAAAUCGUUAUAAUCGUAAUAGAAAAUAAUAAAUAAAUAAAAAUAAAAACACAAUUAAAAAUCUGUUAUCUCCAGUUCCAGGCGGAGCUGAAAAAGCGAUGGCAGCUCUUCCUGUUCACGAACCACUUCCAGGUCACGCCCUGCAUCAACUUCCGGGGCGAGCCCCUCAAACACCUGUGGAAGUGCUCCAGAGGCCGACGCACACACGGCUCCCAGCAGAGCGAAUCAUUCGAGGAGGGGGGUGGCCCUUCCACACACUCACACUUGCUGCAGGUGGCCUUGCAGGGGGAAGGAGGCCGACGAGAGGGGGAAGGAGGGGAGGUGGCAGGGUGGAGAGAUAGGGAGAGAAACAUGGGAGGAUUGGAGUUCCACACCAGGAAGAGCCUGUCAAGUAGCGAUGGUGAGAUGACGCUGGGAGAGACCAUGGAGGAGAUACUGGAGGAGAGCGAGUUCUGACCUCCUCCAUCUUGUGGAUACUCCUGGUCAGGGUUGGGUAGGUUACUUUCUAAAUGUAAUCUGUUACAGUUACCUGUCCAAAAUUGUAAUCAGUAAUGUAACUUUUGGAUUACCCAAACUCAGUAACAAUCUGAUUACUAUCAGUUACUUUUGGAUUACUUUCCCCUGAAGAGGCAUUAGAAGAAGACGAAAAGGAUCCAUCGAACGCAUUUGGUGUCAUCAUAGUGGUCUCUGACUUGUGGUCAGACUCGCUCAGGUGGAACAAACUGGCACCUUUUUUCAAUGCGGAAU